GGAGGCCGAGGAGGAGGUCAGCAGCGUGAUCCGUAGCGCGAGGUCGAAGCUGCAGAUGCUGAAGUCACAGCUGGGGGAGGAGGUGGCGAAGCACGCGGGCAAGAAGGAGGAGGCGGAGGUGGAGUGUGGGAGGCUGCUGGAGUUGGUGAGAGAAUCGGAGGACGAGAAGAUGAGGAUGGAGCUGGAGCUCAAGAACGUGGAGGAGCGAGCAAUGAAGGGGCUGAUAGCUCGCGAGACUAUAAUCAAGAUCGCCACUGCUGGACGUGACAAGGCCGCAAAGAUCCAGGCGGAUUUGACGGCAGCCCAGCAGGAGCUGGAGGAGGCGCGGAGCUUCCUGGAGCGAUGCCGCGGGGCUCUAGAGCAGGCGGAGGAGCGGGCGAGCAACAUCACUCAGCACCAGGUGGAGCAGCUAGAGGUGGCGUCGCAGCUGCAGCUGCAGCAGGAGAGGGAGAGGAGGAGGGAGGAAGCGGUGCUGCAGGAGACGAGAAGGGCAGGGAUGCGAGACGUGCAGGCGGUGACGCGGUCGUGGGAGGAGGCCGUGAGCAGGCUGGAGGAGGUGAAGAAGGAGGAGGAGGCGAGGGAGGAGGACAGGAGGAGGUACGAGCAGUGCAAGUCUGAGAUGCGAAGCUUCGGGGAUGAGAUGGAGAGGAUGGAGGGGAGGAAGCAGCAGGCGGGGGAGAGGUGGAGCCAGCUGCUAGUCCAACAGAUGAACCACUCGGGGAUCGAGCGAGCGGCGAUGGCGAGGAGGCAGGAGGAGGAGGAGGAGGAGGAGGAGGUGGUGGUGGUGGUGGUGGAGGAGGAGGAGGUGGUGUCGGUGGUAGAGGAAGCGAACGCAGUGAAGCAAAACUUUGCGAUCGUGCUCGACGACUUUGAUAAGACCAUGGAGCUGCAGGAGAAAGCUGAGAAACAGUGGCUCUUCAUGUACGAGGAGCACGUGGCGGAGGAGAGGCGCAAGGAGCAGGAGCUGGAGGCUGUGCUACAGAGGAGGAGGAGGUCGAUCCUGCAGGAGCAGGAGGAGAUGGACGGAGAGCUGCAGGCAGCGGCGCUGGUGGUGGAGGAGGAGGCGAGGAAGCUGUGGUUCGAGUCGAGAGCUGCGGACCUGAGGAUGUUCGAGUCUGCGGAAGAGCAGAGCAGGCAGAUAGCGACGCUGAGAGAGGAGGUGAGGGAGGGACUGAGGGAGGGAGGGGAGAGGGAGGGAGGGAGAGGGAGGGAGGGAGGGAGGUAG